UGGUUGGCUUAAUUGGGUAACUAAUUGGUUUUAUAUAAUCUUAUAUGGUGAGAUUUAAAAGUAUACUUUCAUGUCUAUUAAUGUGAUAAAAAUUCAAAAGUAUUAUUCAUUCAAAUCUACUACCAAAAAAAAAACUAAAGAAUUGUUAACAAACAAAGAGAAAAGGAAAGGAAAUGAGGAUGAUAUUCCCUUAUUAUUAGCCAUAUUAUCAUAUUUUUGUUAUGCAGUCUUGAUUAUUUUUGGCUACAUAAGGGAUGCUUUGAGAAAAUAUGGCUUUGAAAAACAAUUAAUGUAUGACAAAGAUACAAAAGAUUUUGUGCCUUUGUACUCAAAUUUCGAAGGUUUUUUUACCAGAAACGUCUAUCUUCGUUGCAGGGAUGCCGUAUCUCAACCCAUAUGCAGUACUCCCGGUGUUAGAAUUAAAUAUUUAGAGCGAGUCAGCCAUGACGAAAACUAUACAUUCCAAUACACGGGGAAGAUCUUAGAGGCAAUAAAUUUCGGCUCUUACAAUUAUCUGGGCUUUGCCGAGAAUUCUGGCAUAUGUGUUGAUCGGGUAGAGGAAGUCAUAUCAAUGCACGGUAUGGGCAUCUGCGGUUCCAGAAAAGAAAUCGGUAUAUCAGUCAUACAAGAAAAAUUAGAGAGAUUGACGGCCAAAUUUUUGGGCGUCGAAGAUGCGAUAGCAUUUCCUAUGGGUUUCGCCACUAAUUCCACCAACAUUCCAUGCAUCGUGGGCAAGGGUUGCCUUAUUUUAAGCGAUAAAUUGAAUCACGCAUCCAUCGCUUUAGGUUGUCGAUUAUCGGGGGCCGUUAUAAAGACUUUUGAACACAAUGAUAUGAAGGAUUUGGAAUCAAAGUUGGGCGAAUACAUAGUUAUGGGGCAACCUAGAAGCCAUAGGCCUUGGAAAAAAAUCGUGAUUAUGGUUGAAGGUGUUUACAGCAUGGAAGGAACCAUAGUUAAUCUACCCGAGGUGAUGAGACUUAAACGAAAAUACAAAGCGUAUCUCUAUUUAGAUGAGGCCCAUAGUAUAGGCGCCUUGGGGCCGAACGGAAGAGGAGUCGCUGAUUAUUACAACAUUGAUCCCAAAGAGAUCGAUAUUAUGAUGGGAACUUUUUCAAAAAGUUUUACCUCCGCUGGGGGUUAUAUAGCAGGAUCAAAAAGUUUAAUAAAUCAUAUAAAAGAACAUUCUCAUUGUGCAUCAUACGGUGUUGGUAUGUCAGCGCCCAUUGCUCAACAAAUAAUAAGUAGCAUGGAAGUCAUUAUGGGGUCGGAUGGUACAAAAGAUGGAGUCGUAAGAAUCAUGAAUUUGAAAAAUAAUUCUAAAUAUCUGAGGAGCAAUUUGAUUAGCAUGGGAUUUCAUGUUAUAGGCGAUGAUGAUUCGCCCGUAGUUCCAGUUUAUCUUUAUUUUGCCACAAAACUUUCAUCAUUUUAUAAAGAAAUGUUGAAGAGAGGAAUAGCAUGUGUCAUUGUUGGUUUUCCCGCAACUUAUAUUAUAGGUGCUAGAGUUAGAUUUUGUUUAUCAGCUGGACAUACGAAAGAGAUGUUAGACAAAUGCUUGAAAGAAAUUGACGAAGUUGGGGACUUAUUAUCAAUAAAAUAUAAAUUACAGAGAUCCUUUAUGCCUAUCAACCUUUGGAACAAAAAAAAAUAUAUGUGAUUAAAUUAUUUAUACAAAUUUUUGUUUAUAUAAGUAUUAUACUGAAAACAAGCCAAUUAGAUUUUUUUUUACUACAUUUGGAGAAAAAUUGCUAAAAUGUACGAAAAAAAAAUAUCCACUCAUUUUGUAAACGUAAAAGUUGCU